GCAAUAUCUCUGAUUGCAAAUGCUGUGAUGACUACAGAGGUGAAAACCCAGUUGGCUGAACAUCCACUAGAGAGUCCAAAGGCGGCACCUGAGCCUGAGAAGAAACCAGAGCACUCUCCAAAGAGUCACGGGGAUGCCGGCUUCCAGAAAGAGUCUGUGGUCCCAUACACUGUGGAUUUUGGGCUGAGCCAGGAGGAUGUGAAGGCUUCUAAGCUCCAAACACCCAAUGCCUACCGCUUCGGACGCCUCAGCCACCAUUCCUUCUUCUCCCGGCAUCACCCCCAACCACAGCGAGUGACACACCUGCAAGAUCUCACCGGGAAGCCUAUCUGUGUGGUGAGAGACGAGUUCCCUCUGGCGUCCUUGACUCAGCCUCCGACUUUCUUAUCCCCCUGUAUGAUGGGGAUGCCCACCAUUUCUGUCCCUAUUGGGGACCCACAGUCUAAUCGGAAUCCUCAGCUUUUUUCUGACUCCUGGAAGGAGAAAUUAAAGGACCUGGCUUCCCGAGUGGUUAUCUUCACUAAGGAAGAUGAGUCAAGGAUCAAUGAGCAGAAGGAAGAGCCUCCUCUGAGGGAACAGGGGGCGAAGUACUCAACCGAGACUGGUAGGCUUAUCCCUGCUUCCAGCCUAGCCCUCAGCCGCCGCAGCCGCCAUGGCCAGCGGGGAAACCCUUCUGGCAGAGAUGGAGGAGCCUCCAUUUUGCAGAACCAGGAGCUGCUGAUCUUGGAGCUCCUUUGUCAGAUUCUACAAACGGACUCUCUAAACAAUAUCCAGUUCUGGCUUCUCCACGCUUCACCAGAGGAGAAAGAACUGGCGCUGGGGCUUCUGCAGACAGCUGUGGCUCAGCUUCUCCCAGAACCCCUCCCCUCCAUCCCAGCAGAGAAGCUGUUGCACCAACUCCAAGAACUUCAAGAACCUCCUCAAGAGACACAGGCUACCUACAGUCGAUCCCAGAGGAAGACGAAUACAUCACCUCUACCCAAGCCAGAGUACAUAGGCAAAGCCCAAGUCCUCCGUGUGCAUCCCAGCGAGGAUUUAGAGGAGAUGACCAUGCCAAAGGUGGAGUCAGAGGCAGAGGGCUGA